UAGAGGAGCGCUUGUGCGCACAAGACUCCACUUUUACGCGUCAGUUGUUCUUGUAUCAGGUGUCACAAACAGAAGUUACCUCGUUUUCUUUUGAACAAGACAAUGUUGCGCUUAGAUUUUAAAUAGAAAUACGCGAGCUACCUUUUUCCCUUUAUUUUUCUUCUUUUGACUGUUUUCCACAGAUUAUUUCGCCAUCUGAAGAAAAAGCGGAGUCCAACGUGUGCGUGGAGCAAGUGUUUUCAGAAAAAUGUCCGUCAUGGGGGCGCAUGGAUGGAGCUCGGCGCGUCUCGGUUUUGUCGUCUGCGGCUAUUUGGCGUUUUUCUGCGGGCAGUUUGUCCCGCAGGCUGAAGCGGGGUGCAGGGAGAGAGAGAGCCCGAACUGCUGCACCGGCAGGAAUAACGAGUGUUUCGAAUACACCAAGAGGAAAACCAUGUGCUACUGCGAUACCUACUGUCAGAAAACCAGGGACUGCUGCGAGGACUACCAGCGCGUGUGCCAAAUAUCUGCAGCCAUUGACUGUGUGGUGGGGUCUUGGGGUCCCUGGUCGCCAUGUACGUCUCCAUGCGGGGUCGGCAGCACAGAGAGGAGUCGCCAAGUAUCCGUUCCCCCUAGAAACGGCGGCGCGCCCUGUCCUGAUCUCAAACAGCGUCGCGGUUGCUUUGGUAACAAUGCUAUUUGCAGUACAGCGAAAGAGGUGGCAAAGAUCCUGCCCGAUUCUUUCAAGAGGAAUUUCAAGGACCCUUGGAGGCGACCACACAUGCUGAUGAAGGAGGAGAAGGCCAGUUACUGCGUGUACCUGCGGGUGAAGCAGGCCAGCACAGCGUGUAAACUCAAACUGUGGAGCGCUCACCUGGUGAGAGAGAGGCUGGUCUGUGCCGAGUGUCAGAGUGCCGCCAUGUCGAAGACGGAUCGCUGCGGAGGCGACGGACUCGAGACCACCAGAACGUUCUGGGCAGCGGCGUCGGUCCCUGGCUGUCACGGCUCCUGGGUGCGGGAGUCGUCCUCCGAGCGCUGCCGGUGUCCUCCCUACUCUGUGCUCUUCGUGUGAGCCGACAUGCGACCCUCGCUCCUGCCCAGAAACAAGACUUCCCCCCCUCACAUCCUCUUGCUAGAUGUGGAGAGACCUGCCAGCCAUCCAGACCCUCCGAUCCAGAAUGCUGGAUGGGUAACUCAAGGAGAUCAGCAGCAUCCGGCCACGUUUCCCUCUCACCUCACACUCUGCACUGUACACCCUCUUCCUGAGCACGCAGAAACCCUUGCAUUUCACUUCAGAUUUUUACAGCCACGUAACUUUCUCCUCCAAAGCACAGCAGCAUCUGUAUGCCUUUUUACCUCCGAAUCUUUGCUAUCUACCUCCAUCAAUGCAAGUGCAUUUGCUAAUGCAUAAUAUAUAAAUAUAUAAAUAUAUUAUUUUUGCUUUAUACAUUUUCUACUUAUGAUUGUCUAUGUGUAAUGUAUAUGUAUCGUUAUUGCUACAUUUAUUUGCAUCAAACACAAGCUUCUGAACACCCAGUUUGAGCUCCAAUCCAAAAGGACCGAAGGUUGGAAAUGCUCAGAAUUGAUUUGUCCAAGUUGUAUCCACUCCCAAAAACCUUUAGUCAUGUCCUGAACUUUUCUCCCCAAACGAUAUUUCUUUUCAGUAAAAGUAACUCCACCAGCCAGAGUAAGUAAAUAUCAGGAAAUGAUUCUCAGGUCUUAAGAUUUGUGUCUUUGUGUUUCCACGACCGUUCCCCCUUCAUGUUAGCCUCUUCUGAUGUUUUUAUUUUAGCAGUAUCACUCGUUUAGAUGUAAAAUUGUAAGAGAGGAAACAGAGCCAUAUAAGAGAUUUUCAGCUUGGUUCUCUCUGUCCUCUGAGUCUGAGACUGAAAGAAGAAAGCUACGUGACCCUCCCUGUCGGCUCCGCUCAGAGGGGAGUUUUAUCAGCAGACCAUCAUCCAAUAUAAAUAUCACACGCAGCCAACUUACUCCUAUCUUAUUAAUUAACAGAAACUCCCCACAGCUCCACUUCCUUUCGUUCUCUGUUCCUGUAGCCCCAGCUGACUCCAUGUUUUCUUGAAGUAAGAUCACAGAUUAACCACAGCGGUGCCUUCCGAAACCCAAAAGGAGGAAUUGACUGAAUGGCACAUUUCACACACUUUUUUUUAUUCUUACCACUGUGCAGUCCCAGUGAGGGGCGGUUACUUCUUCUCUCCCGUGUCUGUGUUUGUGUGUUUAUUUAUUAUAAAAACUGGUGAUGACUUUAUUAGUGCAACACAGCGUAAUCUGUACCUUGUCCAUUAGAGCAAAUAAACUACUAUACCAUCGGC